AUGGAGCGGGUGAGGGCUGAGGGGACCCCGGGGACCGGGGGGGAUUUUGGGGGGUCCAGGGGGGAAUUUUGGGGGUUCCCGCGUCACCCUCCACGGCUUCCCCCCAGGGACUCGGCCUGGAGCAGCGAGCGGAGCGACUGGUGCGAAGGAGGCCCCGCCUCCGUAGGCCCCGCCCCCGACGACCUCCUCAUCCAGUGGCGUCUGAGGCGGCGCCGUGGGGAGGAGCUUGCGCUGGACACGUGCCCAGUGGGCGGGGCGACGCACUGGGAGUCACCUGAGCCCUCCGAGACCCCAAUCAGGGGCCGCUUCUGCACCUCCCACCGCCAGGGGGCGACCUCGUCCCGGCCCGACUCCCAGGAGUCCUUGCAGUGGGAACCAUACCUGCGGUCACGUGAUGCCACUGGAGCCCUGUGGGGGGCGCCAUGUUGGGUGUCACGUGAUCCUCAGGAUGCUCUGCCGCCAAUCAGGAGCGACGUCCAGGAUGCCCAGCAGGGGGCACCCUCACGGCAGGCACUGGUGGGGUGGGCCCCCCAUGACCUCCGGCCCCCCCAGUUUGUCCCCAGGACCCUGUCCUGCGGCUGCUGCGGUGCCACCGCCGGGCCCUACGGGAACAGCUCUGGACUGUUGAGACCCUCCUGGAGCCCACCAGGUACCCCCCCCAACCUGGGGGGGGGCAAUAAAGCAAUGAAACCCCAAAGCUGCAGCUGCACGGACCCCAAAAUCUCCUCCCCCACCUUUGGGGUCACUCCAGAUGCCCCAAGAGUGUUGGCUCGGGCGCUGUUGGGGGUCUGGGGGGCCUAUGAGGGUGUUUGGGGUGGGGUUCUGGGAGUCUGGUCAUGAAGGAGUUUUUUGGGGAGCGAG